ACCUGUCGUGCUAAGAGAAAAAUGGCUAAGCUAACUGUUUCUGGUUUUCUCUGCCUCUUGAUCUUCGUAGCCCUGUUGAUUCAGUUAUCAAAUGCAGCCUAUAACGUGGUCAGUUUCGGUGCCAAGCCGGACGGAAAAGCUGACGCAACACAACCAUUCCUCAAGGCGUGGGCAUCGGCUUGCAGCUCAGCCAGACCAUCCACCAUUUACGUCCCCAAGGGGAGGUUCUUGCUGAAGGCGACAGUUUUCAGAGGCCCAUGCAAGAGCAGAAUCACAGUUCAGAUUGACGGGACCCUUGUGGCUCCGUUGGACUACCGUGCGCUCGGUAACUCCGGGUACUGGAUUUUGUUCAUUCAGGUGAACGAUGUCACAGUUUAUGGCGGCACGCUCGACGCAAAGGGCGCUGGCUUCUGGGCUUGCAGGAAAUCUGGAAAGACCUGUCCCGUUGGUGCUAGAUCGAUAACGUUUAAUUGGGCAAACAACAUUGUGAUCAGUGGCUUAACAUCCAUCAACAGUCAGCUAAGCCACCUUGUUAUCAACAGCUGCAACAAUGUGGUAGUCCGAAAUGUGAAGCUUUUCGCUCCUGAUCAGAGCCCAAAUACGGACGGAAUUCAUGUUCAGACUUCAACCGUCGUUACAAUCGAAGGAAGCACCCUGCAAACCGGAGAUGAUUGCAUAUCAAUCGGCCCCGGCACCAAAAACUUGCUGAUAAACAACAUCAAGUGCGGCCCCGGACAUGGAGUAAGCAUUGGCAGCUUGGGGAAGGAAGUGAACGAAGCAGGCGUCCAAGACGUAACGGUAAGAAACGCAGUAUUCAGUGGAUCAGAUAACGGAGUACGGAUAAAAUCAUGGGCCAGGCCCAGCAACGGGUUUGUUCGUAACAUUCUCUUCGAAAACAUUGUUAUGAACAACGUUGAGAACCCCAUAAUCAUUGACCAGAAUUAUUGCCCCAACAACCAAGGUUGUCCUACCCAGAGCUCGGGUGUGAAGAUUAGUGGAGUGACGUAUAGAAACAUCAAAGGAACAUCUGCCACGCCGGAGGCUGUGACCUUUGACUGUAGCCCGACCACUCCAUGCAGAGGGAUCAGAUUGGAGGACAUCAAGCUUACUUACAUGAAUAAGGCUGCAACGGCGUCGUGUAAGAACAUAGGUGGAAGCAGUACCGGAAUUCUCGUGCCCGGUAGCUGCUUAUAAAAGCACUAACAGUAAUUUCUUUUAAUUUUGUUUUUUUUUUAAAAAAAAAAAUUAAAUGUACGCCACACCACAUGAAACCCAUUUGACUGGUCGGAUAAGUAGUUGGACAGCCUAAUUUUUAUUUAUUUAGGUAGAUUUUAUAAGUGAUAUCUCACAAUCACUUACCUAGAUUCUAUCAAAUUCAGACAAAUAAUUUGAGAUAAUCUUAAUUUGUGAAAAAGUGUAGCAAUCUUUUCUUUUCUUUUUUAUAAGAAAUAAUA